CGGCCCGUCCAGCCCAGACUAUCAGGUGUACUGAUGGAUGUUUCCGACAGCUCUAAGCAAAACCCCUGCUCUCCUGAUGAAGAGGACCAGCAGCUUUCCAAUGAUGAAGUCCUGAAGGAGAGUCGUUCAGACCAGGAACUUGAUGGAGAGUGUGGGCAAGGCAGCAUUAUGGGAGUGGAGGAGGAUGCAGCCAGGGGAGUGAGUCAUGGUGAAGAGGAGAACCACUCAGAUGAAGAGGACCGCUUAAGUGAACCUAAGUCUCACGAGUCUGACAACAACAAGCAGAGUGGGGAGCUGAAGAGCCCUCUGCCUCGCAAAGGAGAGGAGGAAGACCAGACAAAUGACCUUGGUGAUGAAGCAUCCUCUGUCACCCGUGAACUAGAUGAGCAUGAGUUGGACUAUGACGAGGAAGUUCCUGAGGAACCAAGUGCUGCUGCUGCAGAGGAGGAUGGUGAGAAAGCUGCUGGCGAGGAUGACGAGGAAGAGGAGAAAGGAGACGAUGCCUGUGAAGAUGAGAAAAAAUCCAGCAGCAAAAGUGAUGAUGAAAAGGAUAGCCAGGAUCCCCUCAAGGAGAAGAAGAAAGAUGAUGAUGAUGGAGAAAUUGAUGAUGGAGAAAUUGAUGAUGAUGACUUAGAAGAAGGAGAAGUUAAAGACCCCAGCGACAGAAAAGUGAGGCCACGUCCCACCUGCCGAUUCUUCAUGAAAGGUCACUGUACCUGGGGCAUGAACUGUCGAUUUAUUCACCCUGGUGUGAAUGACAAAGGAAACUACUCCUUGAUCUCCAAGCCUGAGCCCUUUUCCCCAAAUGGUGCUCCUCCCAUUGGCCCUCACCCACUGAUGCCGGCCAACCCUUGGGGAGGGCCAGUCGUUGAUGAAAUCUUACCUCCGCCUCCUCCAGACCCUCCAACAGAAAGUGCCUGGGAGAGAGGACUCCGGCAUGCUAAAGAGGUAUUAAAAAAGGCAACUAUGAGAAAAGAACAGGAGCCUGACUUUGAGGAAAAGAGGUUCACUGUGACUAUUGGAGAAGACGAGCGUGAAUUUGACAAAGAAAACGAGUUCUUCCGCGACUGGAAUUACUGCAUCACCAGAGACAUCAGAGAUCCAGCGUAAGAUGCAGUCUUGGUUUUGCUACAUGGAAUAGAUGGGGGGAAAUGUAGUGCAGGAUGGCAGUCUUCAGUUAACUUGUUCCUCCAAAUUAGAGGAAUGCUCACCUCAGAAAAUGGAAACAACUUCCAUUAAGCAGUAUGUCCACCAGUUAAAAACUUGAGCUGCCUCCACUCACUCCAGUUCAACACUACCUUCCUUUAUAGUUGUCGCUAAACCUUUCUGCCUUCAAUGUCGUUGGCACACAGGUCCUUCAAGGACACUGUCUAGUUGUGCAUUGCCUGUGUCA